AUGCCUUCUUGCUCCGACUUUGUCCACCACCAGCAGCGAUGCUGGCAACGUCUAUUUCCCGUCUUGUCAGAUCUGUAUCUGGCCGGUAUAUCACCGCGUGAGCAGACGCAGGGACAGCACCAACGGCGGUAUCUCGUAAUGGACAGGGCGUAUUGGACAGAUGGGGUAGCGACCAUGUCGUUCCUUCUAGCCGAGGCACGUUCGCAUGCGGCUUGCAUAUGCGCAUCGACUAUCAUGGCAUCUCUCCUCCUACGCGUUGCACAGCCAAGUGUGUCGUUCACCUGCCGUAGAACUGCUCUUCGAACAUUCUCUUCAGCCAUGGCUCAGCGACGCAUUGGUAGGCGGCUCAGCAACAUCUCUGUCUGCGAUCUUCAAGAGAAGUUCCGUCCUGCUAUAUAUGAAUUCCCCAAAGUCGUUUCGACUGCACAGAAGCUGCUCAAAGCAAGCAAACUACUGAAUAUUCCCGUAUUCGCAACAACCCAGAACAGAGCGCGAUUGGGCGAGACAUGUCCGGAGCUGAAGUUGGAUCAGCCCGAUGGCAUCAAGACAGUCUGUCAUCUUGACAAGACACUCUUUUCUAUGAUAACACCAGAAGUCAAGCAAGCCCUCGACUCACUCAAUGCCUCCGGUCCACUCUCCUGUAUCAUCGUCGGCAUCGAAAGCCACAUUUGCGUCACCCAGACCACACUCGAUCUCCUCCGGUCCGGACACAAAGUAUAUGUCAUUGCUGAUGGCGUAAGCUCCUGCAACAAGGAGGAGGUGCCCGUCGCUUUGGCGAGGCUGAGGCAUGAAGGUGCCGUGGUCACUACGAGCGAGAGCUUCAUGUAUGAAUUUGUUGGAGAUGCAGGAACGCCUGAGUUCAAGGAAAUCAUCAAGGUGGUCAAGGAGACGUCGCAGAGCACAAAGGAGGCAAUGCAGACACUCUGCAAGAUCUAG